CAACUGACAUUUCUAAAUGACAUUUUAAUCAAACCUCCUUUUUGAACACAAAUUUAUAAAUUCUCAGUAACCCAUUUUCCCGUAAUUAUUCGCCAAAUUUACCGUGAAACCCAACCAAUAAAUCACCAUGGCUUUCGUUUGCCCGCCAAAAGAAUUCGCCGAACAGAAACUAAAGGAUUUGAGAAACAUCAGGGAUGCAAUCGAAACUUUGGAGAAGUCCAUGGUAGUGGGUGUAAAACCGCUGUGUGUGCCCACGCUCCAACCGAUUGCAGAUUAUCCAACUCCCACGAAACCAUGCAAUCAUUGUUGUGCUGCCCUUCCAGACCCUCCCCCAAAACCAAAACAACAAACUCCGGACGUCAUGGUCUGCUACAAAAUUUGUCCAGCAACUGUUCCUGAACCUGAAGAAUCACCCAAAAUAAAGUGUAACGGUAGAGAUAGAACAAAUAAUCUUAAGGCUACAAAAUCUAGAGAGCUUAGAGCUGGUAUUCUGUAUACGGGAUGUGAUUGCUGCAAAUGGGCUGGUUUACAGGAUGACUGCCCACGAACUGGAUGCCAUGGUUCCCCCGAAUGCCUAACAAAUCCUCCAACCUGUAGUGCAAGUCGGUUUUGUUACGGAAAACAUUUAGGCAAAAAGAAGCAGAAGAAGAGACAGGGGCGUAGCUCUAGUAAACCUCGAGCUCAAACUAAACAGUAUUUUAAAUGUUUUCCCGCUAUCAUACAAGAUCCUCUUGUCUUGAUUGAAAAACUUUAAUUGAAUAAAAAUGUAACAAUAGAUUAAAACCGCGCGUUGAAAUAAUUAAGUUGUUUGUUAAGUGACAAAAUAAAGUUCUGAUUUUA